AUUUUUUUGGAGGCAACUAUUUGUAAGGCUUCGAAGACUCCACAUAUUGUCCUUUUAUCUUCUUCCUCUUCUUUCUUCUCCUUCUUUCUCCUCCCAUUUUUCCCAUUUCUCUCUCCUAUUUUUAUUUUCUCUCUCUUAAAAAAGGGCCUUUUUGCAUUUCUUUCUGAUUUUAUCUUUUUGUUUUUCCCUACUUUACAAUUAUAUUGUAGGUCAUCUUCUCAUCUGAAAUGGGAGCACCAUCUUUAGAUUGUCAAACCAUGCAGAAACCCAUCCUUAAAAACGACACUCUUUCCCCUUUUUUAAUCUCACUUUUAGGGUUCUAGUUUUUUUUUUAUUCAAUUUUAAUUUAAUUUAUAUUUUUUGAAUAAAUAAUAGAGAGAGGGUUUGAGAAAGGAUAGGCUAGUACAGUAGUAUAAGCUUCAAACUCAACAACAACAAUUCAACACACUGCCCUUCUUUCUCCUUCUUUCUCUCUCCUCUUAAACCCCGCCAUUUUUGAGAGGAAUUGUAGACAAUCUGGGUAUUUCACACCCUUUUGUCUUCUCUAUCCUCUCUCUAAUAGUCUAAUUCAUACACUCUCUUCUUACAAACAAGAGUGAGCGGGAGAUUUUUUGAUGAAUUUUGGAGGAUUCCUUGAUAGUAGUGGUGCAGGAGCUGAAGGUGGUGGCGGCGGUGGCGGAGGUGCAAAGCUAGUGACGGAUAUUUCAUACAACAACAACAUGCCUCCGGGUGCCAUUACUCAUCAUCAACAACAGCAGCUACAACAACAACAACAGCAGCGUCUAGUGGGUCCCACCUCCAUUAACAACAAGUCAUUCUUCAACACCCCCGGCCUCUCCCUAGCUCUUCAAACCGGGAUGGAGGGGCACGGUGAGGUCACAAGAGUCACAGAACAGAAUUACGACGGAAACAGUAAUGGCGGUGGUGGCGGAGUAAGUGUUGGAGUAAGACGAAGCCGAGAGGAUGAACAUGAGAGUAGAUCUGGUAGUGAUAAUUUGGAUGGUGCAUCUGGUGAUGAACAAGAUAUUGCUGACCUUCCUCCAAGGAAGAAGCGUUACCACCGACACACCCCUCAGCAAAUCCAAGAACUCGAAGCUGUGUUCAAAGAGUGUCCUCACCCUGAUGAGAAGCAACGAUUGGAGCUUAGCAAAAAGUUGUGCCUUGAGACCAGACAAGUCAAGUUUUGGUUUCAAAAUCGCCGUACUCAGAUGAAGACUCAAUUGGAGAGGCAUGAGAAUUCAAUAUUAAGGCAAGAGAAUGACAAACUCCGAGCAGAAAACAUGUCCAUUAGAGAAGCGAUGAGGAACCCAAUUUGUACAAAUUGUGGUGGCCAGGCAAUGAUUGGUGACAUCUCAAUGGAGGAACAACACCUUAGGAUUGAAAAUGCUCGUCUAAAGGACGAGUUAGACCGAGUUUGUUCAUUAGCAAGCAAAUUCCUAGGCCGGCCUGUGUCGUCGUUGUCGACAUUAUCCGGUGCCAUUUCCGCCCCACCUAUGCCUAACUCGUCUUUAGAGCUCGCAGUUGGGACUAAUGGUUUCGGUCCAUUGACUACUGUGACCACCUCCUCAAUGCCCUUAGGUGAUUACGGAAGUGGGAUUUCUAACGCUAUGCCUGGUGUUUCUCCUACAAAGUCGACUGCUAAUGUGACGGGAAUGGAGAGAUCGUUCGAGAGAUCGAUGUAUUUGGAGCUGGCUUUGGCUGCUAUGGAUGAGUUGGUUAAGUUAGCUCAGAGUGAUGAACCUCUUUGGUUGAGGAGUAUGGAUGCCGCCGGUGGUCGGGAAAUCUUGAAUCAUGAAGAGUAUAUGAGAUCUUUCAAUCCUUGUAUUGGUAUGAAACCUAAUGGGUUUGUCCCUGAAGCUACCAGGGAUUCCGGCAUGGUGAUCAUCAACAGUUUAGCCCUUGUUGAAACCUUAACAGACGCGAAUCGGUGGGCGGAGAUGUUCCCCGGCAUGAUUGCUAGGGCGACAACAACCGAUGUGAUAUCCAGUGGAAUGGGAGGAACUAGAAAUGGUGCACUUCAGCUGAUGCAUGCUGAGCUUCAAGUUCUAUCGCCAUUGGUGCCGGUUCGAGUGGUGAACUUCCUACGGUUCUGCAAGCAGCACGCAGAGGGUGUGUGGGCUGUUGUGGAUGUGUCGAUUGACUGCAUCAGAGAAAGCUCCGGUUCACCGACAUACGUGAACUGCAGGAGGCUUCCCUCAGGGUGUGUUGUACAAGAUAUGCCAAACGGCUAUUCUAAGGUUACAUGGGUAGAGCAUGCAGAAUACGAUGAAAGUAGUGUUCACCAGCUCUUCCGGUCGCUAGUAAGCACAGGCAUGGGCUUCGGCGCCCAGAGAUGGAUCACGACCCUUCAACGACAAUGCGAGUGCCUCGCUAUACUCAUGUCCUCUAACAUACCCUCAGGAGACCACACUGCAAUAACGGCGAGUGGGCGUAGGAGCAUGUUAAAGUUAGCUCAAAGAAUGACCAACAACUUCUGUGCCGGGGUGUGCGCAUCAUCGGUGCACAAGUGGAACAAGCUGAACAUAGGCAACGUAGACGAGGACGUACGGGUGAUGACUCGAAAGAGCAUCGACGACCCCGGCGAGCCAUCGGGGAUAGUACUGAGUGCUGCCACUUCAGUAUGGUUGCCUGUUUCCCAACAGAGACUGUUCGAUUUCCUGCGUGAUGAACGGUUGAGGAGCGAGUGGGACAUAUUGUCCAACGGUGGACCCAUGCAAGAAAUGGCCCACAUUGCCAAAGGCCAAGAUCAAGGCAACUGCGUCUCUCUCCUCCGCGCUGGUGCAAUGAAUCCGAAUCAGAGUAGUAUGUUGAUCUUGCAAGAGACAUGCACAGAUUCGUCAGGGUCGCUUGUUGUGUACGCUCCAGUUGAUAUCCCGGCAAUGCAUGUGGUGAUGAAUGGAGGGGACUCUGCUUACGUGGCGCUUUUGCCGUCGGGGUUCGCUAUCGUCCCAGACGGACCGGGAUCCCGUGGGACUAACAAUGGAAGCCCACAGAGGGGUGGUGGGUCCCUCCUUACGGUUGCCUUUCAGAUACUUGUGAAUAGCCUCCCUACGGCCAAGCUCACGGUAGAAUCAGUGGAGACGGUAAACAAUCUCAUCUCGUGUACUGUUCAGAAGAUCAAGGCCGCUCUUAACUGUGAAAGUUAGUUGAUCCAACGGUGGUGAAUCGAUCAUCAAUCGAUCAUGGCAGUGGUUAUUGAGUUGCUGUACAAAUAAAUUUUUGGUUUUUUUUUUUUCCUGGAAAUUACGCUUUUGUAAGGGGCGGUGAAAAUAUGGGGGGUAAAAAAUGGAGGAAACUCAAAGAAGUGGGGUGUGAGUCAAGAACGAACCGCGCGUGGGUUGUGCAAAAUCCUUGCUAGAAGGUGGUUUAGAUGAACCGGCUUGAAGCAAGGAUGGUGGUUCGGGUAUUGACUCAAGGUUUUUACCCAUAAUUAAUGAGUUUUUGAACUUUUGUUUAGCUCAAAUGUAAUCAAUGUAAUUUUCUAUUUGUCAAUGAUCAAAAAUGUUAAUUGUUACUUUAUAAGUGGGUCUAGAGUUUAAAAUAGUUUAGGGUCUAAAUAGUAAAUUCCCUACUUACUAGUAGCAUUGUGUAUCUAACUAAGGAAGUAAGGAGUGUUUAGAGUGGUUGUUGUUCCCCCCUAGCUAGCUUGUAUUUUAGGGUAUAGUAAAAAGGAAAUGAUAUUUGUUAUUUUGAUA